UACACUUGAUCCCUUGAUCCAGAGUUUUUACCCCGCCUAUGUCGCAAGUCAAUCCGCGUUGGGCUGAAGACACGAGUCAGAGGUGAUACUGGGGUUGGAAAGUAGGGAAAGUGGAACAGCGGUCAAGGCGUAUUUUUCAGGUUGAUGUCUUGACAAGGCGAAGUUUGUCGCUUGCUUAAAUCUCACGGAAGCGGCACGCGCUCGGCGUGUGCCAGUACUGAGAGGGGGGAAAACCUCAGUCAAUGCCAAAAUUGGGAAGCGGGGUGGAGGAAAUGGCAUUUCAGCUGUUUUUGCAGCCCGAGCGCGGCGCUGCUACUGGUGGUGACGCCUGAAGGGAGCUUUAAUAAAGCGGGAUAUAUCUCUAGCAGCUGAAGAUGGUGAAUUCAAGUGUUUUAUUAUCGUCAUGGCAAACGGAACCGGCAGCAUCAUGUUGAAAUGCGUGGUCGUCGGCGACGGCGCCGUUGGAAAAACUUGUCUGCUGAUGAGCUAUGCCAACGACGCCUUUCCUGAGGAAUAUGUGCCCACUGUCUUUGAUCAUUAUGCAGUGAGUGUGACAGUUGGGGGAAAACAGUACCUGCUGGGGCUGUAUGACACUGCGGGUCAGGAGGACUAUGAUCGCCUGCGACCCCUGUCCUACCCCAUGACAGAUGUCUUUCUCAUUUGCUUCUCCGUGGUGAAUCCAGCCAGCUUCCAGAACGUGAGAGAGGAGUGGGUCCCUGAGCUGCAGGAGUAUGCACCUAACGUCCCUUACUUGCUCAUUGGUACUCAGAUUGACCUGCGGGAUGAUCCCAAGACUAUUGCCAAGCUGAACGAUGUGAAGGAAAAGCCCAUUGUGACAGAACAGGGCCAAAAGCUAGCCAAGGAGAUUGGUGCCUGCUGUUAUGUUGAAUGCUCAGCACUGACACAGAAAGGCCUGAAGACUGUGUUCGAUGAGGCCAUUAUAGCUAUUCUGGCUCCUAAGAAAGGUGCGCUCAAGCGAAGACUGGGCCCACGCUGCAUCAACUGCUGCCUCAUCACAUGAUACACCAGCUCAGGGGCACCAGUGAAAGAAAGCAAGAACUGACAACCAACCAGAUUCCAAUCUGACUUCUGAACUCAGACAUGGUGAACCAAUGGGCCCAGUCACCUACGACUAAAAUAUGUGAAAGGUCCCAAGUUAUGGGCGAAUGACAAGUAGAACUGACAAAAAGACGCAUCGUUCAGGGAGAAAUUACAAAAGAACACUAAACAUUGAGAUGGAAUACAAUGGACAAAAUGAUUUAUUGAACACAUAAGCACAGAGAACAGAGAGUGAAAGAGAUGUCUGAGACACCCUUUCUAACGACCAAGAACGAUCAAACUGUAUUUCUGAGUUCAUUUGAGAGACCACACCCAUACAAGCCUAAACAGCACAACCAAACCCAUGGAUCAUUUACAGAAGUAAGACUUUUUUAACUUCGAAAAGGGAAACUCAUCAUCUCAAUUUGGGUUGCAAAACAGUUGCUUUUUUACAAAAUGUCUCAAGUCAGUACUGGCUUUAUUUACAGGAAAAAGAGAGGAAUGAUCGAAUAAUUACUGCCAUUAGGAGCAUAUGACAAAUUAAAUAUCUAUUCUACAAAAAAAAUAAAUAAAAAAAAUAACAGAAACGACAGAUUUUUUUUUUUACUGUUGUAAAUGUGACCUCAGAGUCCAGCAUCAUUUCUUGGAUUUGGAGCAGGUGCUUGGACGGACAGUCAUCUUUUGACUCCAGCCUGGAUCUUUUCUCUCUCAGUUCCUGGUGGCCUGUGAUUGUGUUCUUUUCCUCACUUGAGCUUGUAGGUGAGCUGUUUGCGAUGCCAGUGGAUCCAGACGGGAGCAGCAAGGAGGCCAGUCAGAAAUCCAGUAGUUGCCCCAAGGGUACAAGAAAUGGGCCAAACCUGGACAGAGGAGCCACAAAAUUAUCAAAACUGUCUUUUUGCGGGAGCACAAGUGACUGACUGCAAAUUCUACAGAAUCACUGUGGUGUUUUACCAACCAAAUUUUGUAUUCGAGACUGCUUUCUUCCUCUUUCUUUUUUAACGUUGAGUUUUAAGUGUUAUGUAUGGGUGGCCUUGCCUCUCAGGUGUGUGCCAACUGCUUUGCAUUUUGAAUUUUUGCAUCAUAUGAUCAAGGUGAUUUCAAUUUUAUUUUUUAUGAAUUUCUUGCAGUCCAUGCAAAUAUGUGGAGUGGUCUUUAAAGCUUCCAGCACAUUGUGAGCAACAACAAAAAAGCCUUUAUAAAUGGUAGAUAUAUGGAAUGCAAAUGUAAACAUUAAAAGGCACAAUGGUUUUAUGAGAAAACGUUAAAUAUGAAAUUGCUGUUGAUGCCUAAUGCACAGUGGAUAAAAGUAAAUUUAAUGACUUGCCUCAAAAUAUUUACUGACUAUAAAACAGGUUUUUCUAA